CAUAAUUACUCACCUUCAAAUCUAUGCAGGUUGGGUGAUCAUCACAUCCCACAUACCUAUUAGCAAGCAACAAUAGCUCGUAUGUUCAAGUGUCAUUUACUUGACAUCACUUGCACACCCUCCGAAUCAGGAAAAGUAAUUAAAUAAUUUCCCCUUCAAAAUGGACUCCGUCUUAGCAAAUUCUCAAGCCCAUUUGGCCCACAAACAACGCGAACUCGCCAAACUGACGGAGUUUCAACUUCCACAAAACCCCCAUUUAAACCUUGGCGAGAAACAUCAUUCCCACGAGGCGGAAGAGUUAUUCAAGAUUACGAGAGACUUGAAAAAUGAGUUGGACAACAGGGUCCCACUUUCCGAUCCGGUGGCGCAAAUUCAGCAGAAAAAGAUCCAGCUGCUCAUCGCCGAGCGGCAAUACACGGUGGCCGAGGGACAAAUAAGGAUCAUUCAGGGGCACAUUUUGAGCGGGAUGGACCCUUCGAGAAGUGCGUUGAGUCGCACGUCGGACAUGAAGACGACGGACGAAAUGCAGAAGCAGGCGCAACCCUUGUUAACCGAGGCGGCCGAGUUGCUCAAGAAGGCGCGGCAUUCCGUGACCUUUGCGGAGUUGGGGGCAAGGCAGAGGAUGGGGAAUAUUAUUAGGGAGCAUCACCAGCAAAAACAGAAGCAGCAGCAGUAUAGAGAUAGUCAUUAUGGGAGAAACCAAGACGAGGAGGAGGACGAGGUGGACCGAGCCAUACCGGAAGUUAGGCCACAAAGUCCGGUCCAACAAUCCCCCCCAUCCCCACCACCAUACAGUCCACAACCACAACAGGAUAACGCUCCACCGCCAGUCACCCAUUACCAAGAGGAAGCCCCCCGAACCCCGGUGGUGGGGGCGUAUGGAAACGAACAACAAAUAGUUUACCCUUCAGAACCACAAGUUUUUCAAAAACAGAAAAAAUCCGGAGGAAACCGGUGCUGCAUAAUUGGCUUCAUUGUUUUCGUAGUGAUCGCCUUGUUAGUAGGAGGAGGCAUUUAUGCGCUGUAUCACUUUGACGUUAUUCAAUUUUAGACGCUAUUUUGAUAAGAUGCAAAUUUAUUACGUGCGCGUACCUUUAUCAAGUACUUUGCUGAUUAAUACUUGUUAAUUUUCGUAUACUUAUCUGAAUAUUGAUUGUAAAUACAGUAUUGUACAUAAUUUGAGUAAGCUCGGUCCAGAGACUUGUAAAUAUAGAUAUUUAUAUGUGAACAUAUAGAAUCGUUAUUAUAAUCCUUUGUUGUAAUACACUUUUGUGGGCGGAUUCGCCAUUGCUUUCAGUUUUUCCUACGCAGAAAUAAAAAAAUAAUUUUACUUUAGUC